AUGGAGCAAAAAAACAAUUCAAUGCCUGAAAUGAAUGACAUUCAAACUUUCGUCAAUGAUUCUAUAAUAGAUAAUUUAUUUGAUACAAAUAACAAUCUAGACAAUGCUAUUACCCAGGAGUCACAUUAUUUUCAUAACUUGGAAACCGGUAUACCUGACAUGGAUCAUAAUUAUUUAUCACAACUUUUACAUGCUGUAAUGGAAUCAGAAUCUAAGAAGAGUGCAGUCGAUUUUGUUUCAAUGUCAGAGGUUGAAAGAAUCCCGGCCUCUGAAAUAAAUGCUUUCAACGACUUUAGACCCUCUUCAGAAUCCAAUUUUCAGUCUAAUAAUACUAAUGACAAAGAAGAAGACAAAAGUGUAAAUUUAAGUUAUGGCGAUGAUGAUAAUAAUUAUGAUAAUCCCAGAAAUAUAUCACCAAGUGUAAAAUAUGCAUCAGUAAGAGCCACUAUAACAGCUACAAAAUCAGGUUUAAAUGAAAAUGGCAUUAAUAAAUCAAGAAGACUCUGGGAUGAAGAAGAGGUUUCUAUUUUUCUUAAUCAUUUUAAGGAGGAUUAUGCAUUAUACCAAAAGAACAGAAAAGAAUUUUAUGAAAAGAUGUCCAGUAAAUAUUUUACAUCAAGAUCAAAAGGUGCAAUUCAAAAUAAACUUAGUCAAUUAUUGGACAAAUAUGAGGAAAUUAAAAGCAAUUCGGCUAAAUAUAACUGGAAAUGCAAAAGUAAUAAAUCAACAGAUGUUAAUUCAGACAAUGAUGUUAGUGAAGUAGAAUCACAUGAAGUAAUGAUUGUUGACCAUAAGAUAAAUAAUAAUAAUUUUAUAGAAGCUGGUUAUUUUAUGGAAGAUGAUUAUGUAAGUGAUGGUCAUUAUGGAACCAGAUUUUAUAAAAGAUUUAAAAGGUUUAAUGCAAAUAGUAUUAUUAAUCCUCUUGUCAAUGACCAAGAAAACAACAAAAUUGAUAAUGGUGUAGUUGAAAAUAGAAAUUGUAUUGGCAAAAAAAGAAUAAUUGGAAUUUCUUCUGCAUGUAUAAUUGCAGAUGCUAUCAAAGAGUCAAUAAUGUAUAGAGAAAGAAUGUGGGAAGAAAAUUUGAAAUUUGAAAAUGAAAACUUGGAUAAAGAAUAUGAAAUACAAAAAAACAGAAUUGAAUUGGAAAUACGCCAAUUGCAAUUUGAGAGACAACAAUUAAGACUUGAACAUGAUAACAAACUUAAAGAAUUGGAAGUAAAACUACCUCAAUUAAGUCAAAAAAAUAAUUAUUGA